AUGAAAGUAAUCAUUGCUUUACAAUUGAUGUUCACAAUUUCUCCACUGCCCGUAGAGAGAGCAUAUUCCGUAAUGGUGCACACAUCUGUAGGACUUUCAGUUGAACAGUCACUCAUGCUGAGUUGGUUGAGUACUUUAUUUGUAACCCCAUUGACUUUUCUCAGUACUUUUGCCAUCGACAAAUUUGGACGCAGACCGGUCGUAUUCAUUGCGGCCACCAUCAUCUUUCUCAAAAUCCUUAUCAUGUUCACCGCUCAGCUGCUCGUUUUCUUCAUAUCCCCGUCAUGGAUCACGAUGAUUAUGGGUGAGUCUGAACUGCCUGCUUUCACUUCAGAAUCGUCCUAA